CUUCUGUAGAUAUGAGUAACGUCAACCGGAACCGAACCAAGGAGAUUGCGAGGAAUCAUCCUAGUUCACGCAAAGGUAAAGGUAAAGGACGGGCCGGGUCUUCUUCUCAAACCCGAAAUGAUUUUGAAACGGACUACCACCGGAGAGAUGCAGAUGCAAUGUCCGACGAGCAACUACAACAACUGUUGGCCCAACAAGAUGGGCGGUUUUACCAACAACAUGACAUUCCCGAGGUUGAAGAUGAGCUCGAGGAUGACGAUGCGGAGGAGGAUCCGCCGACAGCUGAGGGUGAGGGUGACGACACCCGGACGAUGAGGAAGAGGUCGAGGCCGAGGACGAGGCUGGUUCAUCCCAACUCAGUAAGAAAGAUGUAUCACCAAUUAUUGACGGCAAUUUUAAAAAGUUGAAAGACAAGAAAACUGAAAAAUGGUACGCACAUUGCCAACAUUGCCCCAAAAUUUAUAGUUUGGGAAUUUCCGGAGGAUACGGCAGUUUGAAAAGGCAUCUUCAGUCGAAAGACCCCGUGGUGAAUGCGAAAAUAGAUCAAAGCAAGGGGAAGCAAACUCAAAUAACGAGGUUUGGAACUGGCCAACCCUUUGGUAAUUUCUCCUACGAUGAUCAAAGACAUUUGACUGAUCCAUUGCCUGUGUACGACGAUAAGGCCAUAGACUCUAAACAAGAAUUCCAAGAGAAGGGGAUGACGUUGACGUUCUAAAGUGGUGGAAGGAAAAAGUAAGAACGUUCCCGAUUUUAUCAAAGAUGGCUAAGCAAGUGCUAGCAAUGCCGGUAUAAACAUUUGACGUGGAACAAGAAUUUAGUGCGGCUGACAACGUGCUAACGGAUUAUAGAACGAGAUUGAGCGUGAACUCUCUUGAGACGCUUGUAUGCUUCCACGAUUGGUUGAAGGCGAAACGUAGAACUCAAGAAGUGUGCAUCGCCCCCGCCCGUCACUUUAUGGAGGAAACAAUCGAAUAUGGCGAAGAUUCUGAUUGAUUAUAUUUAUUAGAAAAUGUAUUUCGUGUUUUAAAUUUUUCUCAAUUCUCAAUUGUACUACAUAUUUCACAUAAAUAUACUUUAACUUUUUUAUAUCCAACAAUUCUUGAAUUAAUGUGUAAAAAAAAUAAUAAUACCCGGUUCGGCCCGCCCCGAUAGGUACCCGGGCCAGUUCUGGGCCUAAGUUCCCCACAAAAAAGCCCGGUCGGGCCCGACCCGAGUC